AUGGCAACUGCCUCACCCUCGCCUUUAGCCAGCUCCGCAGAGAAGACAAAUGGAGCCAAGUUGAAUAGACUUCUUAUCGAUGGUGGAACAACAGUGUUGAGGACCAUUUUUGAUGGCUAUCACCCACCGGCAAGGCUGUCUGCUGGACUUACUGCCCACCAUUUGACCCUGAAUGCUCUCCUUUAUAAAAAGGUUUUGCGUGCGGCUCAGUGGUGCAAACUAUUCCCACCUGGCGGAGCAGCACCAGACUCAAACACGUUUGAUAUCACUCUCCUAUUUCUCCUACUCACCAACAUUUGCGGACUAUCCCCUCCUCCCUUAGGGUGGCAUUCAAAGCCAUCUCCGAGUGACAACUCUCUUGAAGCAAAUCUUGCCCGUGUGAAGUUCUUCCGCAACGAGUUGUAUGGCCACGUCACCAGCACUGGCAUUGACACGCCCACUUUCACUUCUCUGUGGCAAGAAAUUAGUGCUGUUCUUGCUUUCCUUGGGUUGGCCCAGGUAGAAAUAGACAGACUGAAGAUGGAAAAUUGUGGAGAGGAAGAUUAUCUUGACCUGUUACUUGAUUGGGUUAAAAAUGAAGAGGAUAUCAAGUCACAGUUGGCACAACUGCAGCAACGUCAGGCCGAAAUUCAACAAGGUAUUGUUGAAGUGCGUCAGACGCAGAGAAAACUCGAGAACUUCAAAUCAAAUCUCGACCAACUUGAAAACCAUCAAACGCUAGAUAAGGUACAUCAGACUCAGAUUGAAGUGCAAAAAGGUAUCGUUGAAGCGCGUCAUACUCAAUUAAAAGACCACAGGACACUUGAGGAGAGCAAGUCAAAACUUGACGCAAUGUUUGACCACCGAAUAAAAACAAGUGAAGACAUUGAACGGGUUCGUCAGAUGCAAUACACGGACCACAAAAUUCUUGAAGAAGUUCGCGAAACUCAAAUCAACACACAAGAACUGAGAAGAAAAGACAGGGAAUAUGAAAGCCUCAAGAAACUCGCCAAGAUUGACGUGGAAAAAGAUGUGAAAUAUCAUGCUGAACGGUACCAAGAAGGAACUCGCGCAUCUUUGUUUACGGAAGUUGAGAAUUGGUUGGAAGAUAGGACCUCCAAAAAUCGUGUUAUGGUAAUUAGUGGAUAUCCAGGGAUGGGGAAGUCGGUGGUUUCUGCAGUUGUGUGUAGAAGGCUUAUGGAAGUGGGACGACUAUCAGGUUGCCACUUUUGUCGGCAUAAUAAGGCACGCCAGAGGAGUCCAAAAGUAAUGCUUCAGUCUCUAGCUUGCCAACUUAGUGAAUCUAUGAAUGAGUACAGGGAUUUUCUUGUGGACGUUCUCUCCAGAAACCUUGGCUUAGAACUAAAUGACAUGGAGGUUAAAGAACUGUUUGAAUUGUUGUUUGAAGGACCUCUAACGAAGGUGAAAAAUCCUGGCAAAAACAUUCUUAUGGUUGUAGAUGGACUGGACGAAAGUGAAUACCGUGGACGGAAUGAGCUGCUUGAUGUCAUUUCCAAUCACUUUAAGAAGCUUCCUUGCUGGAUUCGAUUUCUCGUGACAACUCGCCCAGAAAUAAACAUCGCAACUAUGCUUGAAAGUUUUAGUCCUCUUACAUUGGAGCCAAAUGAUGAAGAAAACUUGAGAGACAUAAGACUGUUACUCAAAGGAAAGCUCAGUAAUUUUAUCCAACCGCAAGAUGAACGUUAUGUCAUUGAUGAACUAGUGGCAAAGUCCGAAGGAAACAUCAUGUUUGCCUAUUUACUUUCAUGUUUUAUCCAAGAGAGUACUUUGCCUUGUACUCCUGAGCAGCUGGUCAACACUCUGCCCUUUGGUAUUUCUUCUGUUUACCAAAACUACUUUCGACGUCUAGAGAAAGAACUUUUCAAGGAAUUAAACAUUGACGAAGAGCGAUUUUUAAUGUUUCUAAGUGCACUCGUUGCUUCAAGAGAACCUUUGUUGCUUGGCUUUGUCACUAAAAUUUUGAUUUCGGGCAAGAUGUCUCAAGCUGAUCGGCGCAAAGUGAGGAGGGCAAUCGGGUGCAUAUCAGCUUUACUUCCAAUUUCUGAUGAAUGUAUUCACUUCUUUCACAAGUCCGUUAAGGAUUGGCUAAGUAGUUCUUCGUAUUAUGGGGAUCACGAUUUUAUUGUAGACGUCAAGGAAGGCCAACGCAUUCUUUGUGAACUUUGCAUUGAAGAGAUUGACGACGUCAGGCGAAAAGGAAUUAAAAGAGGACAAUUGAGUAGCACGAAUCGGUAUGCCCUUCAACACGGUGUCCAACACCUGUUGGAACAGGAGAGUGCAAGGAACGCUUGCUGGUUUGGUGAAGUUGUAGAGAAGUAUGUGGUUGACUUAGAAAUUGUGUAUGCAAAGCUCUGUACGAACAGUGCAGCAGCUUCUGAAGAUAUAGUUCAUGUGCAGAAGCAUAAGAGUUUUAGUGGUUUGUGUCAAGAAUUGAUUAUUUCCCUUGAUGCUCUACUAUGUCUUUUAAGGAGGUACACAACGCUUUUGAAAGAAUUCCCGGAUGCAUUUUUCCAUACCCUGUUGAAUGUAGGAGGAGCAAAACUGGCUCGUGAAGCAAGGAAUCUUUUGGAGUCGAAAUGUUACGAACUUCCCUUUAUGGAGUACGUAAACAAGGCGGAGUUACAAGGGAAAAUUCUUGCUAAAUUUUCUUGUCAGUCCGGAGUGAUUUGUUUUGAUGUUUCACCGCAACUGGACUUCGUUGUAUGCGAGUGUUCUGGGGGUACGAUAGAGUUGUGGUCACUUCAUACUGGGGAACGACAGUGGGUACGUCCUGUAACUACAAUCGAAAAGAUGAACAUCUACAGGGAAACAAUUUCCUCAUCUGUGAGGUCCAGGGAGAAGUCAAUAGGUGAUUACUCGUUUUCAUGUUAUCGUUCAGUUGUUUUCCAUCCUGCCGGUAAUUUUGUCUUACCUGGUGAACUUAGACAAGCCUAUACAUUGGGUGGAGACCUAAAGUCACUUUUUCCGAGAAGCCAAUGCACUUUCACGGUAUGUUCGGUUUCUGGUGGCAAGACCAUGAUACUAACAGAUUGCCUUAAGGAUAAUAAAUGCAUCAUUUUGUGGAGUUUAGUUAAUGGCAAGGAAAAGAGUCGUAUUAGCAGAGAUGAAAAAGUUCUUUCUUUUGCGUGGUCAAAAGAUGAAAAUCGGAUUGCAAUUUCCCAUUUAUCAGGUUCGAUUUGUGUGUUGGACGUUAUGAGUGGGUUUACCACAAUAGCGGAAACAACUACUUCCAAGGCAUGUGGGAUGAUAAGGUUUUCACCCGAUCAACAGAGUCUCUUUGCAGGUAAUGUUUCCUUUGAGGAUCAUGUCAUGUAUCAUUUCAGUCUCAUCAAAGGAAAUCAUCAGAAGUGUUUGUUAGCCGUUCAUUGUCAUUCAGCCAAUGGCAAAUUUUGUCCCCGGAAUUUCGAGACCCGAAGCGAACCUGGAUUUUUGUUGGGAGAUCAGUUUGCUAUCUAUUCCGAGAGAGCCAUAACUUAUCUGAACUUGGAGUGGGGAUUUGUAUUAAACAAGCAAACGGUCUUAGAAGGUUCACCCCACUGCAAUGUGAUGGAAUUGUUAAGGAUUCCCACUGAAUCGACGAACAAGGAAAACUCGUCAAGUUACAAAAUUCGACAUUUGGCUAUAUCUUUGAAUGGCGAAUCCGUCUAUGUUGUAAAUGAAAGUGAAACUGAAAAGGAAAUCUUAGCUUGGGACACGACGAGGGAAGAACUCAAGAUGAAGAAAUCUGUCGGGAAGCUCGUACCCACCAGCCUUCUGCCAGUGAAAGACGGGGUAUUAUUUUCGACAAGUGAUUGCUGUCUUGAGUUGUGGAAUCUUGAAUUGUCUACUCGCAUACAAAAGUGGGACAACAUACCCGAGAUGUCACAUCUGGUCUGCAUGUCAGAAGAACGAGUGGCAUGCGUAGGGAAGACAAACGAGAGGGUGGUGGUCUUUGGUUGGGGUGAUUAUGAGUUGUGGGAUAUCGUGUUAAAUGAAUGUGAACAAGGCGAGUCUUAUUCGACUGCAAUGGAGCAAACAAGAUCAAUAGCAAAGGAAGAAUUGUCAACUUUAGAGGAAAGUGUCGUGGUAGUGGUCAUUCUAAGUGUAUCGAGUGGAAAAGUCCUGUCAACGAUUCGCAUCACAAAUGGACGUCUCGUUGCUUGUAGCAGUAGACUUCGUUUGAUAACAAGCCACGAUAGUUUGGUUGAGGUUUUGGACGGCGGACGAGCCGUUCAUUUACCGCAACGCUUAAGUCAUAAGCGCAUCCUGGACAACCGCAUUGAACUUUGGGGAAGUCUCAGAGGGCUUGCAGGGAAGUUUUCUUCCAGUGGUCAAUAUGUUAUUAUUUGUGGAAGCGCCAACAUCAGGCCAUUCCCAGACGUGAUUGAUGAUGAUGAGAUAACACCGCGUUCUUCGAGCUCUCUGCGUGUUUUUGAUGCAGUUUCAUGCAUGACACUUCACACUUUAAGUGUAGAAGGAAUUCCUACUACCUAUAGUUAUGAUUUCAUCAGCGAAGAGGAGUUUGUGAUUUAUACAUGUUCUUAUUUAAUGAGCGGUAUUCUUCAAUUGUUUAACGUCAAGUCUGGAGACCCUCUCACUGCCAUUGAAAUUGACAACUUCGAUUGUCAUCUAGCAAGCUGUCGUCUGAAGCGUCUUAUUGCCUUUGACGUUAACGAUUGUUUUGCUGGAUUCAGAGUUGUCCGUGUGAAUUUAACGGCAAAAAAAGACGAUAAUGACACUGGAAGGUACGUAAUUUACAGGACUGUAGAAGAAUUAACUUAUGAAGCAAUGACGCACUAAUGCUCAUAGUUAAGGCUUAUUCUUCGUCAAACUUGCGAUAGAGUUUCAAAGAAUCGCUUGAUGUUCGUGACAAAUAGGUUUUCCCAGAGGUAAUUUUUGCUCCCAGAUUCACUCACGUCUUUUUUGUGGUUUGCCGAUUGAAUGUCAGAGAAGAAUUUCGACGGUAAAAAAACUGCAUUUGAAAAGUGCUAUCUGUGAUAAAUAAUGAGCAACAACUGAGUCAACUAUUACCUUACACGGGUGUCUUGUUCAGGUUAUUCAAUCUCACCAGCCGAACGUUGUGUUGGCACCUGUGGAUUCUAAUUAUUUACUUGAUGAUUGAGUUUAAUCUUCUCUUUCGUUGACAGGUUGAAGCUUGCAGAGAAAUAGAGGAAGCCGACCUCUUAGAGAGCCACGCUAUGCACAAUGGAUCCCUGUAUAAAGCAACGCAUCGUAGUGAUCAGUAGUUCUUGUGACUCGUGUUUCUGAAGAUUCAAAAAAAAAAAAAAAAGGAAAGAAACAAGGAACAGUAGAAUGGUAGAUUAACAUUAUUCAGACCUUUUUAUGCACAGUUAAACCGUUGACACUUUGCUAAAGAUUUUAAAACAUGCUCUUCCGCAGUCCAAAAAUGCGUAUGGUCAUUGAGUUCCCAGCGGAAAUAGGGUAUCCUUGAAUCACUAGUGACAAUUUUCUUGCAUAGAGGUAUAACUAUAUGCGACAAUAUUACUUAAAAAUGUAAUACGUACGAAUUUUUGAGAGUAUAUAGCUGCGAUCAAAUGUCUCGGUUCUUUGCUCAGUGUCGGUAUUGUUCGAGAGUGAAGAGUUUCGCAGUAUAUCAUAUCUACUGUCUAUUUAUGUGAAUACUAUAAAUACAUAUUACAAAUAGAUUAUGAAUAGAUCAUUGAUUGCUAAAAAUCUUUACUAGUUGAACGCGGGACUAUUGAGAGACGUUAGGUGGUGGCUGGAGAAAAUUUGAAGUAACUUUAUAAUUAAAUUGUCGUAGAUGUUCAUUACAUUACUAUAACUCUCGAACAGGAGGUAGGAGGCAUCUUCAUAUCUAUUUGGCUCUUUCCGUUUGGUCCGUGAUCUAUUCCGACAUCAGCAUGAAUAGAACUUAUGGCAGAAGAAGGCGUGCAGUUGGCGCCGAGCCGUUCUUUGACUUGAUCACUGUUGCUUUUUCUUUAUGUGUAUAAUAUUGGUGGCUGGAAGCUUUCGUUUUUCCUCUUAUAGAGGUAUUUUAUCUAUUUAUCUUAUUUUGCAAUUUGUUUUUCGAAGGCUGCAGUAUGCAAUUUAUGACUUCGUUUUCUUACAUAGAGAGCUUUACGUAUUUUUUUCUCAUUUAUUUUUCUGCUUAAGAAUGAGUGCCGCACACGCCAAGAAUAUGGAAGUCUAGAAUUAAACAAUAUCAAUUGAAACAAUCAUUUUUCCUUUUCUGUGAAAGAGCGUUAUUUAGCUUUUUAAACUCUGGAUCAAAGGAGUUGCAGAACAUGUACCAAAACUUACUGAUCGGGAGACAUGAUGAAGAGUCUUUGUAUUAUGUAAUAAAUACAGGAAUUGGUA